CGCAAUUGGACCCUGAACCUGAGAGAUCCUGCUGACUGUCUGUCCAAUAAGGCUGCUCUUCUGGAAAGAGAAGCUUCUUUUUAGCUCAUUCUUACUUAAUAAACGAGACAAACCUGGAACCACUAAACCAGGAUCGAGUGUCAAAUAGCCCACCUUAAGGAUGCAGGACGGGAGUUGGAAUCAACCACUCCCCAUCUCUCUGCUGCUGAAGGACCCGGCAGGAGGCAGGACUCUGGAGGGCGAUGGGGGUGUGUUUUCUGAGGCAUCCUCUGAUGGGGAACACUACCUGGACUCAGUGACAGAGCUGGAUUCUGGAGAUGGGGACUUUGCAGAUCUGACUGCCUUCUUGAGUGCAGAUGAGAUUAAUCGUAGCCUGGACCUGGCCCGGGAGGCCUUUGGUGAACCAUUUCAAUCUGAAGAUCCAGGCCCCUCUAAUCUUUCAUCCCAGGAGCAGGCUCUCCAACAUGUCCCUUCUCUUCCUGUGCCUCCCCAGACUACUGUAAACCUCACCAGGAGCCCAAACCUACAGCACCAGACCAAAGCCCCUUGCCCAGAUGACAAUGCAGCAGCUGAAGUCUCUUCCAGCCAGAACGCCCCUCUCAGCAAAUCGGUACAGGUGUCCAGUGAGGCUCCGACUUCUACUGAGAAGGUUGUCCGCCACAAACCCAUCCAGCCAGUUUAUAAGCAGGAUAAACCCAGGCUGGUUCAUGAAGGCCUGGAGCUGAAUGAUCGGGCAUCUUCAGCCACAGAGUUCUGUAGUCGAGCGGCCACGUUCAUCGAAGAGUUGUCGUCCAUCUUCAAAGGUUCUGCUCAACUGGAGCAGCAAGGAGAGGAGGACUCCUCCUCUCCUGACAGUGGCUAUCUGUCUCCGAGGAGUCGGAGACCAGUCCCUCAGGGCUCAGUCUCUGCUCCCUCUCUGCCUCCCAGCCAGCAAGCGGAGACACAGUACAACCAGCCGGCCAUGACCUUGGAGCCACAGUCUGGAGCCCCGAUGGGAGUCGCAGCCUCUGCAAGGUACCAGCACUCUGGAGCUCCGACCUCUAAUGGACCGUUGUCUCCUCCCUGCUUCCUCCAGAAGCUGAAGAGUCAGGAGGUGGCAGAAGGAAGCCCCAUUCGUCUGGAAUGCAGAGUCACAGGAAACCCCCUGCCGCUCGUCAGUGAAGAAAAUGCACCAAAAUGUGGGAAAACAGUAAAGUGGUUCUGUGAAGGCCGUGAGCUUCACAACUCUCCUGACAUACAGAUCUGGAGGGAUGGUAACCUGCACACUCUGGUGAUCACUGAAGCCUUUGAGGACGACACAGGACGUUACACCUGCGUGGCUUCCAACAGUCUCGGAGCAGACAACACCUCCGCUGAGGUUUAUAUCGAAGGAGCUUCAUCAUCAGACUCAGAAGGAGAGGGGGCCGUGUCAAAGUCCAGAUCAGGAACCAUGCCUCAAGUUCAGAAGAAGACCACUUCAAUGUCCCUGACAAUACGCUCAGCGUCGCCAAAAACCACUGAGGUCCUUCCUCAUCGCUCCACCCUGGUCCAGGCCAUGUCUCAGCCCCUGCAGCGGAUGCAGAGCCCGGUGUCGUCAUUGUAUGGUGGUGAGGUGUCAGGUCCUCCUGUAUUCACCAAGCUGUUGCAGGAUGCCCAGGCAUCCGAGGGCCAGGUGGUGGUUCUGGAGUGCAGGGUCCGUGGAAGCCCUCCUCUGCAGGUCAGAUGGUACCGCCAGGGAGAGGAGAUCCUUGACUCCCCUGACUUUCGUAUUCUCCAGAAAAAGCCUCGAUCUGCAGCUGAGCCAGAGGAGAUCUGCACCCUGGUGAUAGCCGAGGCCUUUCCAGAAGACGGAGGUCUGUUCAGCUGCAUCGCAUCCAACCCAUAUGGCUCCAUUAACAGCACAGCCCGACUCACCGUCACUGCAGCAGCCGAGGACUCAUCGAGUAAUGGCAUGUCUGGUGAUAGCUCAGGGUUUGAGGAUGCGGCAGCCUUCCCCCCUCCUCCCCCACCUACAGAGAUCAGCCUCCUAGAGCUGCCACCCAAGAUGCCUCAUCCCGGCACUGAGGCUUUCCAUAUCAAGGAGCUUGAGAUCUGGCCCAGUGUGUCAUCCCUGCCUCCAAUACAUAUGGGCUCAGAGGUGGAGGACAAGCAUAGGGGAAAAGGGUCUGUACAGAAUGGCGAGCCCCCAAAUCCACUAUCACUACCCAGUCCGCCUAAAGCGACCACACCGCCACCGCCACCUCCACCGCCACCUCCACCUCUGCCACACUCUGACCUUAUGACAGAUGUCACAGCUCAAGGUCCAGCCGAGGUGGCACCAGACUCACCUCCAUCCCCAGGCAAGCUGUCUCCAUCCCCUGGGAAGGACGGUCCUCCGCUGCCUACCAAGCCUAAGCCAAAGCUAGCUGAGAAUAUAGAGGAGGAGACAGAAAAUUACAGGAAUGCGUCCCAGCUGAAGCAGCUACAGGACCAGAUUCUAUUGGAACAGCAGGAAGCCGCCAACUGGCAGCAGCAGCAGGAGCAGCACCAGAACCAAGAAGUCCCGCCUCCACCUCAGCAGCCACCUCAGGAAGUGCUUCCACCUGCUCCGCCAUCUCCACCUCUCCCCCCUCCUCCCUCCUUCCAGGAGUUGGAGAACAACACAGCCAUGCAGGCCAGCACCUUCAACUACGCCCGGCCCAAGCAGUUCAUUGCUGCUCAGAGCCCUGGCGGGGCGGGCUAUGUCACCCAGUCCUCUGGCUCCUCGGGGUCGAGCCUGUCCUCCCCCUUGUCUCCUCCCACCUCACACAAGCCCUUCGGCAGGGUCACCGUGCCCCCCUUCACCAAGGCCGGCAGUGUGGAGUCUCCGAGCUCUCCUUCAUUCCCGCCUCCUCCUCCACCUUUCCUCAGCUCCAGUAACCUGUCCUCUCCAUCAGGACCCGCCCAAGACUUCCCUCCCCCUCCGCCUCCUCCCCCUCUGCCCGUCUCCUUGUCUCCAGCCUACUCAGAUAUGUCCUCGCCAUUCUCCUCCGUCCCUCCAUCUCCAGCCUCCAGCUUCCUGUCCUCAGUGCUGCCCUCCACACCUUCCUCACCUGCCAGUCCUACAGUUAAUGCCCUGGGCCUUCCUAAAGGCAACGGGACUGUCAAAGCGUUCCCCAGGAAGUCCUCGGUCACCAGGACUCCUCGUGUCACCUCUGACUCAGACAUCCAAGGAUCCAAGGAUGCUGUCAUCCAGGACUUGGAGAGAAAAUUGCGCUUUAAAGAGGAGCGCAUAAGCAAUGGUCAACAGAGGUUAACCUAUGAGGAGAAGAUGGCUCGCAGGCUGCUGGGUGCUGACAACGCUGCCACAGUCUUAAACACACAGGACACAGAGGAGGAGCCAGUCACACAGGAAUAUAAAGUGUCCAGCUUCGAGCAGCGCCUGAUCAGCGAGAUUGAAUUCCGUCUGGAGCGUUCUCCGGUGGAGGAAUCAGACGACGAUGUCCAGCACGAUGAAGACUCCACCGGCAAGGGGGUGGCACCAACCUUCGACCAGAAGCUCAAACACUACAAAGUCUUCGAGGGCAUGCCGGUCACCUUCUCCUGCAAGGUCCAUGGAGACCCCAAACCAAAGGUCUACUGGUUCAAAGAUGGGAAGCAAAUCUCCAAGAGAAGCGAGCACUACAGGAUCAGCCGCGACGCUGAUGGGACCUGCUCUCUACACACUGCUGCAGCCUCACUGGAUGAUGAUGGCAACUACACCAUCAUGGCAGGCAACCCUGAGGGCAGGGUGAGCUGCACCGGCAGGAUGAUGGUCCAGGCAGUGAACCAGCGAGGCCGGAGCCAACGCUCUGCACCCGGACACAUGCGCAGGCCCAGGUCCAGGUCUAGAGACAGCGGUGAUGAGAACGAUAACAUCCAAGAGCGCCACUUCCGCCCCCACUUCCUGCAGGCGCCCGGUGACCUCAUCGUUCAGGAGGGCAGACUGUGCCGGAUGGACUGCAAGGUGAGCGGCCUGCCCACUCCUGACCUCAUCUGGCAGCUGAACGGACAGACCAUCCGCCCUGACUCCUCCCAUAAGAUGCUGGUGAGGGAAAACGGCGUGCAUUCAUUGGUCAUCGAGCCUGUGACCAGCCGCGAUGCAGGUAUCUACACCUGCAUCGCCAGCAACCGAGCUGGGCAGAACUCCUUUAACCUGGAACUCAUUGUCGCAGCCAAAGAGAUGCACAAGGCCCCUUCGUUCGUUGAGAAGCUGCAGAACACAAGCGUGGCCGAGGGUCAUCCUGUGCGACUGGAGUGUCGUGUCACAGGGGUUCCCUACCCACAAAUCUUCUGGAAGAGAGAGAAUGAGUCAUUCACUCACAACACAGACAGAAUCAGCAUGCACCAGGACAACUGUGGCUACCUGUGUAUGAUCAUCCAGCCUGCCAUGAAAGAAGACGCUGGCUGGUACACUGUGUCAGCCAAGAAUGACGCCGGCAUCGUAUCCAGCACCGCACGUCUCGAUGUCCACGCUCAAUGGCAGCAGCCUAACCUCCCCAAGCCCAAGAAGGUCCGUCCCUCCACCAGCCGCUAUGCCGCACUGACAGAGAGAGGGUUGGACGUAAAGGCGGCCUUCUUCCCAGACUCCAGCCCGCUGCAGCCUGGCGGCCUGGUGGAAAGUGACGACCUGUAGAGACCACCGGGAGGCACAAGGAUUGGGACGUCUCCCCUCUACAAAACCCCCUGAAAGCUGCCCUUGUUCCCAGCACUCCUGAGACAAAUAUAACCAUGUCCACCUGGGCGACUCAGGUGCAGAACUAAAGGGUCGGUGGGCAGAGCGAGCUGGUGCAGCCGUGGUUUUCAUAUGUUUUUAUAGUAUGACACAACUCAUUAUGUUACCGAAUUCAUCAAGUUGUUUCCCCGUGCUUCAUUUGAUCAACUGGACCUGGAAAAUGAUUGAAGUGGAAAGACUGUUCAUAAAUAUGCUCUCUCAUGUUUCAUGAACUGUACGGUUGAAUUUUGAAAAGGGUUGUCUUUUUAAGUGCCUCAUGUCUGUAAAGAUAUAAAAAAAAAAUGAAAUGAAACAUAGAAUUACUAUGCAUGUUCAAGUGGUGCCAUUUGAAAUACACAGACUAAUACUGUAUCUAUACGUAGCACUGCACCAACUUUGUGUAGGAGUGGGACAUGCCGCAGAAGACUUAAAAAGAGACUGAAUGACUCAAAGCACGGUAGCUUUGACGAAGGAGAUCACAAACUUUUAUUAUGUGGGCUUGUGUAGCACAGUAUCAUACAGUCUCAGAUUAGAUUAGUUCACAGAUUUUGGAAAAGGCCGGGCCUUACAAAGUAUGUUUAGUGUUUUUUUUAGCAAAAGGAAUGAGGUUUGUUUGUUUGUGGGUGCAGCAGAACUUAAGGAAGGGUGGAUCUAACAGAUACAGGAAGGGACAGCGACGGAAUAAAAGGAGGUUUAUGUGAUGGACAUCAGCUUUAAUGUGGUAAGUUAACACUCGAUAGAAGGAUGUGAGUGACUGCAGCAGAGGUGAAGAUGACAGUUGUGAUAUAGAAAAAUGGAAGAUAUGGAAAACUUUGGUGAUGGUGGGUCAUAUUUGUGAUUUUUUUCCUUCUUCGAUGGUUUAUCUACAAGUGUGAAUUGAAAUGUUCUCACUCGAGAGGGUGCUGUGAAAAGUUUCAGUGUAUUCGUCACACACAUCACAGAUUGUCCAUUUUAUUUUUGUAUGAGAAAAAAAAACAACCUUUGCUUUCCCAUCAAUCUUGACAUAAAUUAUAUCAGCAACCUUUCGUUCACUGAUAAGACAAUCUUUUCUGUAUCAUGAAGUUUUAUAAAUAUAUUUACUGCCUUAACUCACUUUUGGGCUUAAUGCAAACAAUUUCUUUGCAUGUUAUUUUUGGACACUUGUACAGUGCCAAACAACUUUUUCCAGGAUGUAUAAAAGCAACUUUUUUCCCAGUAUUCAGCAGUAGAAAACACUCAGCAGGUGAAAAGUGAAAGGCAAGGUAUAUUUAUAUCUACUAUUUUCGUCACCUAUGUAAUACUAUACAAAGUGGACAUCUUUUUCUGCAUCUGUUCAGAGCUUGCAUUAGCUGACAGUUCCUGUGUUUGCACAUUUCUAUGCCAAUCAAUGCCUGUAUAUGGAUUGUUCUCCUGAUAUUAUUUUAGGUUAUGAAAGUUAAUAAAAAUCAAACUCUUCAGA